AUGGAAGGACUCGGAAUGCCAGAAGGAUUUGACGAGGCAGUUUACCUAAUUGAAAUAAACGACUGCGUAAAAGACUACUUGCGCAAGGUCAUGAAGCCCAAGGUCAAGUUCACCACUAUUUCUGGAAGGGCUGCCUUGAAUCUCGAGACUUCGACUGGAAUUCCAAUUCAAAUACCAGAAAACACUCCUUUCGACGACAUAAAGCAAGCAAAGAAAGAAGCUCGUGUUAAGUUCCUAAACAAACGUCCUUGGAUACUACUUCCAAACAGAGAGAGUCCAAUUCCACGAAUUAUACAAAUUCUCAGAGCACUGUUCCACUUCUCGGGUCAGCCGUUCUACAUAACCUGUGAAGGCGACAUCCAACCAGUUCAGUAA